AACUAGUGCUUUGAAUGAACAAGUCAUCUCAGGUUUAGUGAUUAGAUCACGAUGAUCGUGUGUAAAACUAUUGUAUAUGUUGCAGUGCUAUUCGUAUUCACAGUGAAGGUGGAUGGUGAUGAACAAAACGUUACUAUUCCCUCUUUUGCCGACGAGGAAUACCACACAAAGGAAACCUCGCUGGAACAUUUGCUGUUAAGAACUAAUGAGAUCGAUCAGAAGCAAUCGGAUGUUACUGAGAUGAUCAACAAUAUGUUGCAGAGCAUGGAACAAAUUCGAGAGUCGAUUGACGAGAAACUUGCCUUUCAGGCGAUCCUAUCCGAUCGUUUACAGAUGACUAUCAGUCAGUUGGGGGAUAUGAUAGGCUUGAAUCUCACCGCCCUACAGAUUCAGUCCAGUAUCGCGAUAAAGAAGGUUCAAGAAACGAUCAGCCAGAAGAUGUUGCACCAGCAGAAGCUAUACGAAGGGUUACCGGCAAGCAUCAACCAGCUGAGUGAAACGUUGGCUCAAAACCUUACUGCGCUACAGAUUCAGUCGUUUAACAUAAUGAAGGAUCGAGAGUCAAUCGAUCAAAAGCUAUCACAUCUGGAGAAGCUGUCUGAAGAGUUACCGUCAACUAUCAAUGGAAGCGUCAACCAAUUGAGAAAAACUUUGGAUCAAAACUUUACUGCGCUACAGACACAGGUUAAUGCCACUAUAAAGCAGGAUCAAGAGUCAACCAAUCAGAUGCUAACUGAGAUUACUGGUACUAUUAAACAACUAGUUAAAACGAUAAACCACAACUACAUGACGCUGGAGACUCGUCUGAAUAAAAUACAGUCUGAACAAAACGCCAGUAAAAAAUAUGCACAGAUGCAGCUGGAGAUACAACAACAAGAAUCAAAGAAAGAUUUAGAAAUGUUAAUCCUAAAAUCUGGCUUGAACCUUGAAGGCAUUUCAUUCCGUUCGUGUGAUGAGAAUCCAUCAAAGCGAUCGGGUAAAUACUUAAUACAGCCAAGCAAAAACGAUGAGCCAUUCCUGGGAUAUUGCGAACAGACUGCUUUCGGAGGAGGUUGGUUUGUGUUCCAGUAUCGUUACGAUGGAUCGGUGGACUUUUACCGCAACUGGACCGAGUACCGGAAUGGAUUUGGAAGUGUCGAUGGAGAGUUCUGGCUUGGGUUGGAGUAUUUGUAUCAGUUGACCUCUUUGCGAAAGCACGAGCUACUGGUGGAGCUGAAAGACUUUAAUGGAAACUACAAGUAUGCACGGUAUAGUGAAUUUGCCAUCAGUAGUGAGGAAGAGCAAUAUUCGCUAACGAAGCUUGGAUCGUACACGGGAACGGCUGGAGACUCAUUGUUAUAUCACAAGGGCAAGAAGUUUUCGACGAAGGAUCGGGACAAUGAUCCUUGGCAAACUACGGAUUGUGCUAACCAGUGUCAAGGAGGGUGGUGGUACGGGUUCUGUGCGCAUACAAAUCUUAACGGAAUGCGUAUAGAUAAUGUGACAGAAGAGUCAAUGACCUGGUUCCACUACAAUAAAUCUUGGCAGGGUAUGGCACGCUCAAGAAUGCUCAUCCGCGAAACAUAGCGAAUUAUGUA